UUGCCGUCUUUUUUUUUUUACCCUUCCUCAUCAGAAAAUGUAUAAAACACCUGGAAAGCUGUUAAUCUCCUGUCGCCGCAAUUUAUGAAAAAUAAGCAAAGCUUGCGAAGUGAGAAAUCGGUGCUAUGGAAAAUUGCUAUUCAGUUUCUAGAAUCUUCGACAAAUGCGCACACAUGGCGGACAAACAGUUCAUCGUUGCUCAUUUAUGCGGCGGCGCAAUUAUUGGAACUUUCCGGCGAAGAGUCGGUUCGAAUUGCGCCGGCUUAAAAUAACACGAAGUGGCUGGACAAGGAACAUAGAUGUGUUUUUCCAGUGGCUAUCAGCUCUACCUUUCUCAGGUGGUGGCUUCAAUGAUGUUGCAGCUGCAGAAGGCCUUGCUUCAGCAUUAAUGAUGUUUUUUUCAUUCAAUGGAAGCCAACAAACUCAACAAAAUGCUGAUGGGCAAAGACAUUGCAUACUUGUUGCCGCAAGUAACCCUUAUUCAUUGCCUACACCAGUUUAUUAUCCAGCUAUGCUGAAUCUGGAGCAGAGUGGAAAUAUUGAAGCACAUACCAGUCUUCGACUAGCUGAUGCUGAGAUAGUUGCAAAGGCAUUUCCUCAGUGCUCUGUUUCCCUCUCUGUUAUAUGCCCAAGGAAGCUUCCGAAAUUAAGAGCAAUAUAUAAUGCGGGAAAACACGAUCCGCAAGCAGCUGACCCGCCUGUUGAUACGUCUAAGAAUCCGAAUUUUCUUGUAUUAAUUUCGGAAAAUUUCAGCAGGGAUUGUGCUGCUUUCAGUCACACUGAAAUGGAAAGUUUGGCGCCAAACCAGAGCCUGGUUGAAAUGGAUAUGACUUCUGUGCCUCCAAUUUCCGGGCCAGCUAAUUCAUCAGUUAUGAAUCAACAACCCAUUUCAGCUGGAAAUAUUCCUGCUGCACCGGUAAAUAUCGAGCCCGCCAUGGCGACCUCUGUUGGUAGACCUGCACCUCCACAUAUUCCUACUGCUCAUCCUACUUCUCAAGUUGCUGCAAGCUUGCAAAGUGGUUUACCUAUUUCUAUUUCAGAGGAGAUGGUUCCGAAUAAUGAGAAUACUAAGGAAACAACACCUAUUGUCGGUGUGAUGACACAGUCCUUAGGUCUUCCAUUUAGUGGUGCAGCUGCUAAUGUCGGAAUAUUGAAUGAAGUGGCUUCUGCUAUAUCUACUGCUCCAACUGUAUUAACAUCGGGGCAACUAGGUUUCACAUCAAUGACUGGGUUUGCUCCAAUUGCCAGAACUGAUCAGAUAUCUCAAAACUUCGGUCCUGCAUCAUUAACUUUGAUGGCUCCCAGUAUAUUUGGGAAUUCUAACCAUUGCAUGUCCCAACCAUUGAGCAAUAUCCUAGGAGGCACUGGUGCAGGCAGUCAAACAGUACCUGUAAUGAGUCGAGUAAAUCUUCCCGGGUCUCAAAUGAUGCAAAGCGGGAUAGGCAUGCACCAGAAUGUGCCGAGUGGAACAGGUAUUGGUAUGCCUUCGGGACAACUGUUGAGUAAAAUCCCAGGAGCCAUUGGUGCAGGCAGUCCAACAGCACAUGUAAUGAGUCAAGGAAAUCUUCCUGGGUCUCAAAUGAUGCAAAGCAGGGUAGGCAUGCACCAAAAUGUGCCGAGUGGAAUGGAUACUAGUAUGCCUUUGGGACAACUAUUGAGUAAUAUCCAAGGAGGCAUUGGAGAAGGCAAUCUCACAGUACCUGUAAUGAGUCGAGGAAAUCUUCCUGGGCGUCAAAUGAUGCAAAGCGGGAUAGGCAUGCACCGGAAUGUGCCAACUGGAAUGCAUACUGGUAUGCCUUCGGGACAACUGUUGAGUAAUAUCCAAGGAGGCAUUGAUGCAGGCAGUCUAGCAGCACCUGUAAUGAGUCAAGGAAAUUUUCCUGGGUCUCAAAUGAUGCCAAGAGGGAUAGGCAUGCACCAGAAUGUGCCAAGUGGAAUGGGUAGUAGUAUGCCUUUGGAAAUUGGCAGAAUGAUGCCUACUCCAGGGAUGACUCAACAAGGACAGCCUGGAAUAUUGGCUCUUGGCAGGAAUAACAGUGCAGAAGCUAACAUGUCUCUAUCUCAGCAGCAAACAAUGGCUACAUCACCAUCAGCUCAGUCAGGUUACGUCAAAAUCUGGGAGGGAAAUUUAUCAAUUGUGAAAAGGCAUGAACCUGAACAUAUUUCGAGACUACAGGGGUACAAGAGAUCAUCAGCUUCUGAAUCGAGAGUGUAUCAUUAUGUUUCAAGGUUAAGAUGGUACGGAGAUGGCAACAUUUAUCACGUAAAACUGAAGAACUGAUGUUGAGGACUCAAAAAUAAGAUAGAUUUCAUUUCUCGUGAAUUUAACCUCUCAAGUUCUUGCAACAGCAGCGAACUGAAGAUUGGUGAAGAGACGAAAGACCUCUUGUUAAGUUUCAAAACUUGUUACUUUGGGAGAGAUGGGUGAUUUUAGUCUGAUGAUCCUUCUCAAUAUUCUUUUACUAGAGGUCAUCCAAUUUCCUCUCUUAGUAAUGAAAAGGAGAAAGUGUAAGGCCUCAUUUGUUUGCAGUCAAUGAAGGUUUUACUCUUAUUUAGAUCUCAGAUCUUAGUCAUCAAGUCUUUUGUUUUUUAGGUCUAAAUCUAUUCAGAUCUUAAUCUUUAACAGCGUUUGUUCUUUAAUUUUACAAUCAUUUAAUUGAUCUGGAUGAUUAAGAUCUAUAGCAGUCUUUUUAUUUUUAUUUUGAAACUGGUAACUUUGUAUUUCACAAAAAAUUACACUUGCUGAAAGUACGUACACAAGUCCUAUAAAGUCCACUAAGUGGGCUUCCUAUUCUAUACACUGCACUUUACACCAAAAUUCAAAAACAUAAAGUGAUGAUAACUUUCCGCUUGAUCUUCUGUAUUGUACGUUCCUUGUCUUCAAAAUUUCUUUCAUUUCUUUCCUUUCAAAUGUUCCACCAAAUGCAGACAGGUACUGUUUUCCACCAUAUCUUUUUAUCUUGAUUCCUCCUCUUCUAAUCCAACAACUUAAAAGAUCUGCAGUAUGCUCAGGCAUAGAGCAGUUCAGCUUACUCAACAAUUGAGCCUAACUGCCUCUCUGCAUAUUUAUCACAGGAACAUUUUAAUAUAUAUUUCUAGCUCGGUGCUUGUUUGCAGCCAUGCAAGCAUCAAUUAUCGUUAGAAGUAUUUUAAAAGCUAAUGACCACAACUUUAUCCUCUGAUAAAAAUAUGAGUCCAAAUAAAUGAGAUAAGCAGAAAAUAUCUUUGAAAGAAAUGCAAUAGUCGAACUGAAAUCAAUGUCAAUAUGUUCACAGUCCUCUCUAUUCAAAGAAGAGGAUGCCUGUGGCACCACCACCAGUUGUCCCCAGGAAUUCCGGCAUCCAAAGUAAACAUGCUAACAUAACUAAAAUAUAUUCUCAACUAAUUGGUAUCGCCUAUGUAAUUAUUUUUUUCUACGUCAAGUAUGCAUGGACUCCAUGAUGUCAACUAUAUGAAGCUUAAUUUCUUGGCUUAUCUAUAAAUUUGCCUUUUUUUUCCCUCUUUGUUUAUCUUCUUUGUGCAACCAUAAAAUUUUCAGUGUUGGACUACUUUAAUACUUUGAACUGAUUUUUUUA